AACUCGCAGCUCUUGGCGCAUGGGCGCUGAAUUUCGAUUCGAUCUGAAGUAAACAUGACGCGAAUACGAUUGAAUUUGCUAACGGCCUUGACAACGUGUUUACUAUGCAUAAUUCGAAUGGGCGGUGCCCAGUUUACUGUGGCAAUGUCUUCGGCAUCAGCUGAUGGUGCUGUGGCAUCCGCUAAUGCCGUCGCUGCAGCAGCUCAACUACUUCAGCAAGGCUUUGGCUUCGGCGGCAGACAGCAAACAGGCAUGCCAGAUAGAAGACGGCAGCAACCACCGUGGGGUGGCGGUGGCGGUGGCUGGAAUGGUGGCAAUGGUUGGAACGGUGGCGGUGGGUGGAACCGUGGUAGUGGUUGGAAUGGCGGCAGCGGCUGGAAUGGCGGCAAUGGCUGGAAUGGAGGCGGUGGUUGGAAUGGUGGUGGCCGGUAUCCUCCUCCUGGUUGGGGAAACUGGGCAGGUGGCAGACCACAAUCGCCUGGAUGGGGAGGCAGGGGUGGUGGAGGUGGCAGACGGCCCCCACCCGGUUGGAGAGAUAGAAACGGACCACCACCACCUAACUGGGGAGAUAGAAAUGGCCCGCCACCAAAUGGUUGGGGAGAUGGAAAUGGACAACCGCCACCUCCCUGGGGAGAUGGAAAUGGACAACCGCCACCUCCCUGGGGAGAUGGAAAUGGACUACCACCAGCAGGAUGGGAUGACGGCUCAUCUCAAAACAAUGCCUAUGAUCCAUCACGUCUCAGUUGGCCAGAUGGCAGUCAACAAUUCCAAUUGCCUCCUAUAGACAACUCACAAACACCCGCCGACAAUGGCAAUGAAAAUUCUAAAAUUAUCACGCCAGCAACUACUACACCAGUGCCAUUCACCCAACCCACCAAGGAUACGUUGAUUAGUGGACGAAAUCCACCGCCUUUGGUUAUAUCGCCCACUCCGACUCCGAGUCCCGGAGACACGCUGAUUGUGGGCACAAAUCGUCCACCUCUGGGACCAGCAACAACUACCACGCCAUCACCUCGAUCAAUUGAGACAUCCCGGUUACGCGACAUUGUUUUCCCCAACUCAUUAAAUUACAUCCAAGCUCCCAGCGAGCCGCUUCAAUCGGAACCUAUCGAUGUGCGCAGAAGAAAAUGAGCUAAGCGGCAUGCUAGCUAAUACGGAACGUCUCUUCUUAUACUAAGUAAAGAUAAUCACAAUAUAAAUAUUAAUAGAAGAUUUGCAAUUUAAUAAACACAAAUAAAGUUGAAUAAUCGCACGGCUCAGUGCUCUCUAAGAUUCGAACUCAAGUUCGGCUUUGUAUGUCUGGAGGCUAUGAGGUCUACAAACAGGUUUUGCACGCUGACGAACAACAGCGAACAAGCAUAUGAGAAAAGGGCAAUAUUUAUUCAAAUUAUGUGGCAUAGCCAUAUUUCAACUGCUGUGAUAUUAAACAGAUGUAAUGUAAAAUACAUGUAUCGUAUACCAAGCUAAUGAGUCCU